AUGACGGCAGUAAGAACAAUUCAUCCUUUAGACGAGCUUACAUCAUCUGAACACUCAGAGAUUGUCAAGCUAAUCUAUAAAACGUUUGGACAGGAUAUAUGGUUCAAAGCCGUGCAAAGGAUCGAGCCACCAAAGUCACAAUUAGCGCCAAUACUUGAUGCUUUAAGCGAUGGAAAAGAUGUGCAAAAUGUGAUGAGCAAAGGCCCUUCUAGGAGAGCUGAAGUCAUUUUCACCAAUAAGAAAACAGCGCACAUUCAUACCUGCGUUAUUGACAUUCGAUCGCUAAGAGUAGAAAAACAUGAAGAGAUUAUGUCAAAUCACAAGCCACCUUUGGAUGUUUUUAUGUUGAUUUCUUUAGAAGAAAAAAUUUUGAGCCAUCCCGCAACUUUCGAGGCUUUGGAACAAUUGGGAUUACCAAAGGAUACUCCAAUUUGUGCUGAUCCUUGGAUUUAUGGUAGUGAUGAAUUCGGAAACGAACCUGCAUACUUUUCAUUCUUAAUGCACAUGCGCCCACCUGGAGCAAAAGGAGACAAAGAUGCAUUUCAUUAUUCUUACCCUUUACCUUUUGUUCCAGUUUGGGAUGUUUUACAAGACACGGUAGCAAGAGUUGAUUGGGUUUACACGGGAGACGAUGCAGAUGGAAUGAAGCACACGUGGAAAGAAGAAUACAAUGCUGGACUAUUCCAACCGUACGAAUAUAUGCCACACUUACAGCAAGAUUACAAGUGUAGACCCGAUUUAAAGCCAUUACAGGUUAUUCAACCUGAAGGAGCUUCGUUCAAAAUCAAUGGACGUGAGAUUUUUUGGCAAAAAUGGUCAAUGCGUAUAAGUUGGAACGUUCGUGAAGGUUUGGUCUUACAUGAUAUUCGCUACGAGAAAAGACCGGUAUUCUAUCGAUUGAGCGUUUCAGAAAUGACGGUUCCGUAUGGUGAUCCACGUCCACCUUUACAUAGAAAGCAAGCUUUCGAUUUAGGUGAUGCAGGUGCAGGCGUUACUGCCAAUUCUUUACAUCUCGGUUGCGACUGCCUAGGUGAAGUACAUUAUUUUGAUGGUGCAAUUGCGUUGCCAGAUGGUUCUCAAUUGAUACAAAAGAAUGUCGUCUGUUGCCAUGAACAGGAUAUGGGUAUUGGGAUGAAACAUACCAAUUAUCGUACCGAAAAUAGUUUUAUCACACGAGAUCGACAAUUGGUCUUGCAAACAAUCAUUACUGUAGCUAAUUACGAGUACAUUUUUAUUUGGUAUUUUGAUCAAGCAGGAGCAAUCCAUUUCGAGACAAGGGCAACAGGUGUUUUAAGUGUUGCGGCAAUCGAUCAAGGAAAAGUCUCGCCGUAUGGAAAUGUUGUCGCUCCAGGGGUUUUGGCAACAAAUCACCAACAUAUCUUUUGCUUGCGUAUUCAUCCGAGAAUUGAUGGUGAUGGUAAUACUGCAAUUUAUGAAGAAAGUGUUAGGAUGCCAUUCGGAACACGAGAAGAGAAAGAUCUCAAUCCAAAAGGAACAGGAUUCAUUGUUCAAAAAAAUAUGAUCGAUAAAGAAGGUUUUUUUGAUUUGAAUCCUCUGGCAAACAGAACUUUUAAGAUCAUCAAUACGAAGAAAGUGAACGCUGUCUCCCAGAAGCCACACGGUUACAAGUUGCACAUGCCCACCACUCAAUUGUUACUUGCCCAUCCAGAUUCCGUUGCUGCUCAUCGAGCACCGUUUGCUCAACAUCACAUCUGGAUUACCCGUCAUACAGAUAACGAUGAAGAUCUUUAUGCAGCAGGAAAGUGGACAAAUCAAAGCAGAGGUAAAGCAGGAGGAUUGGGCGAUCUUGUCAGCCGUGAGCAAUCAACUGAAGAUCAAGAUAUCGUUAUGUGGGCUUGUUUUGGCCUAACGCAUAAUCCAAGAGUGGAAGAUUUCCCAAUUAUGCCUUGUGAAUCUUUAAUGGUAUCUUUGAAACCUGCAGAUUUUUUCACACGUAAUCCGGCGAUGGAUGUUCCUACAAGCAAUCAAGCUACCAAUGCAUCCAAGCUACAUCAUUCAGAACAUUCGCAAUUUUCAUGUUGUAAGGAUUAA